CGCGGGACAGCGCGAUUACAACAUAGAAAAUACUAUGGAUACUCUCCACCCGCGUGGAGCGAGCUGACGUUAAAAACAUGCACCUUUGAGAGACAUGAAUAUGUUGAAACUUUCAACUUUUCCAACAGGUGUGUGCUUGUGGGAGUGAUGCUGGUGGGAAACUCCCUCUACAUUCCCAUGACUGAGAAUGACAAAAAAACCCUCAAUAGUCCUGCUUGGGAGGCUGAGAUCAGACCAACCAUGAUCUUGCAACGGUGGGGCCUACUCCUAGCGCUGGAAUGCAUGUUCCUAUGCGUCUCCAGCCAGAAGCGGCAGUGCGCUUUCCAGAUCACACCCAACAACAGCAAAUAUCUACAGGAGGGAAACGUCAGUGGUUCGGUGCAGAUUUGCAAGCGUACGCACUGCUGCGUGGGCUAUUUCCUCAUCGUCCAUGGCCAGGCAGAGGUUGACGUUCUGGCUUGCAAUAAGGUUGAAAAGUCUUGCCCGCAUGCAACCUGCAAGCCGCAAGCUCAUCGAGAGAAUCUGGUGAAGUGUGUGUGCAACACAGACCUGUGCAACAGCAAUAUCAACUGGACUGGAGUGGGACAAGAGCCACAGACCACAAGACCCACUGGCUCUGUGGAUGAAACGUGGAUAAUAACCAUUGUCUUGAGUGUGGUUCUCCUUUGCCUUGUGAUUGUUGCUCUUCAGUGGAUACAUCUCUCACAAAAGAAGAGUAACAUUUCUUCAAGGCAGACUCCGCAGGCUUCCCUUCAUAUCUCACCAGCAUGUUCCUGCCAAAUAACCCACACCUCACAGAUUGAUGUCACUCAUAUACAACUACAUCAGAUGGUGGCCAGCGGGCAUUUUGCCACGGUGUGGCGGGGCACACACGGAGGAUCUGUGGUGGCUGUGAAACUUAUCCCCGCCGCCAUGGAGCAUGUGUUCACCGCCGAGGAGGAGGUCUACGGGCUUCCGCUGAUGAAGCAUGCCAGCAUCAUCCGCUUCCUGGGCUCUGUGAGAAGAUCACAUGAUGGCAGCUGGCUCAUUGUCCUGCAGUAUGCAGAAUAUGGCUCUCUGCACUCCUUCCUGUGCAAGAACACCACCAGCUGGCUGUUGUCGCUCAAGAUGUGCCACUCUUUAUCACAGGGACUCUGCUAUCUCCACACGGACCUUCAUACACAAGAAGGACACAAGCCGCCUGUGGCCCACAGAGACCUGAGCAGCUUCAAUGUGCUUGUACGAGCAGAUGGUACUUGCGCCCUUUGUGAUUUCGGUUGCUCCACCAUCCUGCGCUCAUGUUUGGGACACUACCAAACAAGAACCACGAAGAUGACUGUCCAUCUUCAGAGUCAUGCUCAGACCGGCACCUUGCGCUACAUGUCCCCCGAGAUCCUGGAAGGUUCCGUUAAUCUCCUCAGCAACUGGUGCUUGCAUGCUGACAUCUAUGCCCUGGGUUUGCUGCUGUGGGAGAUCUGGAUGCGCUGCUCGGCUUUGUUUCAAGAUGGCGCCCCUCCACAACAUCUCCUACCUUACCAACAAGAGCUGGGAGCUGGGUUGACUUGGGAGAACCUCACCAUUCACGUUUCUCACAUGGAAAGAAGACCUUCCAUACCCGAGCAUUGGCGGCUGCUGAGACAGGGGUCUUCGCUGCAGGGUCUACUGAGGGAAUGCUGGGACUGUGACCCGGAUGCUCGGCUGACGGCGCAGUGUGUUGUGGACAGAUUAGUAUCGCUUCACUCUCAUGUUGUUGUAUAACAAUCGAUAUUCACCUUGUCUUCUUAUUGUUUACAUAUUCACAGUAAGUUUUAAGGAUGCUUCAGUCAAGAUCCAGACUGGCUUUGUUAGUGCAUUCAAUCAUUUUAACCUCAAUGCUAAUCAGGUGGUGGUGCUGUCAUUCUGGAAAUGCAGGAAAGAAAAAAGCUGCAGGCUGUAUGACAGGACUAGACAUGACUAAUGUUAACAACAAGGCAAUUCACAGUGUUUUAUUCAAUGUGUGUUUUUAUGUUUUAGGUCUUGUUUUUGAUUCUUUUACGCACUUUUAACUCUGAAGAGGUUCUUAAAUAUUGUGCCUAAUGACAAAAAUUCCACCAAAAUAUUAUGCAUUAAUUUUGCCUCUUCACUUUUAAGGCCACCGCAGCCUAAAAAAUUAUGUUUAAGAUUUUAAGAAAAACAAAAAAAAAUAUUUUCUCUAAGAUAGCCUUCAAGGAGUAUUAUUCUGAGGCCCUGAAAUGGGUAAAUGAUUGGCAGCAGCAUUGUGUCAUAUUUUUAUAAAUCCCGAUUUAAGAACCACUGUGGGAUUAAACUUCACAUAUUUUCAUUACUGUGUGUAUUGUACUAUUGCAUUAUUAUUAUGAUGUUUAUUAUCCCUGAUUGUGUAAAGAUACACACUUCUGCCUUUCAUAGGGGAGGACAUGGAUAUGAUUCCCAGCCGUGUCAUACAUGAGGAAGAGCAUGUAUGCGAUUAACUCAGUGUGAGUUAAUCGCUGACAGGCUGAAAAUGGGAAAAUAAAAUAUUCAUUUUGAAAUUAGAUAAUACAUAAUACACACAAGUGUACAUACAGGUGUAGUGCGCAUUCUCGGAUGACUCAGAGGCCAUUCAUUUGAAAGUUGUCAUGUGCAAGCCUUUUCCAUGACACACAACACAUUUUCCAUAGAGAUGUCAACAAAAGUACAACUACAAAAAUAAACAUAUUACAUAUCAAAACUACACAUUGUUAAAUUAUCUUUUUUGUAUUGGAUCAAAUUAGACGCGUAUAA